CUUUUCUGUAUGUAAAUCUCCUUCAUCUGUUCUUCGUUUAGUCUUGCCUUUUGGUUGAAUUCAUUUCUUUUUUGUGCAUCUUCGGUAUGUUUUCUUUGGAGGCCUAAAGCCGCUGCUGCUUUUGUGGAUUUAGGGUUGAGCCGCUCUUGCUUGCGUGCAUCUCGAUUAAUUUAUGGGGUAGCUUGUUGUCUAGCUCACAAGUACAGGAAAUGUCAUUCUUAAAGGAUAUUUUCAUUGAUUCUGAAGCCCAUUUUGUGGUGCUAAUUGUACAGAGCUCAUCAACAUUUUCAGAGCUUUUUGGAUAUACAGCAUGCAGACAAUUAUUGCAAAUGUUCAUUUCAAUUAUAUUCUUCCAUGUUUCCGAGUACAUUCUGGCACUUGUCUUUCAUGGGAAGUCGAAUGUAUCUUUUAAGUCGCUUUUGAUAAGCAAACAUUAUGUACUAGCAAUGAUUUGCUCCUUGAUAGAGUACCUUAUUGAAAUCUAUUUCUUUCCCGGCUUAAAGGAAUAUUGGUGGAUAAGUAAUUUUGGCCUUGCAAUGGUUGUUCUCGGAGAAAUCAUAAGGAAGUUGGCAAUUGUGACAGCAGGCCAAGCCUUCACUCAUCUAAUAAAGGUUUAUCAUGAGGAAAAUCAUCAGUUGGUUACGAAUGGGAUCUAUAGAUUUGUCCGUCAUCCCGGUUAUUGUGGCUUCUUCAUCUGGUCUGUUGGUACGCAAAUAAUGCUCUGUAAUCCAAUAUCAACCGUUGCAUUUACAGUUGUUGUGUGGAAAUUCUUCUCGGGAAGGAUACCUUACGAGGAGUUUUUCCUCAAGCAGUUCUUUGGUUCUGACUACGAAGAUUAUAUGAGAAAAGUUCCUUCUGGUAUUCCACUUGUGAGGUGAUUAUUCAACAAAUCCUCUUCAGGGCUCUAUAUACAUGCAUAACAUCAUCUGCUCAUCGGUGCUGAGAUAACACUGUUUAGGAAUUUUAUCUUCUUAGACACUUACAGUUUUCAUAAUGUGAAGUUCGCCAGAAAAAGGUUCCUCCUAGAUAUAACUUCUGAGGUGAUGCUUCUAUUAACCCUUGUAGAGCGCGUUUAUCUUAUUUGUAUCAUCAUGUUUUUGCCGUAUCAUGUCUUUGUUAAGACUUAGGUAACUAGUCUUAUGGGGAGCUGUAAGUCAUAACUGUAUUUGUAGUUAUGGCUGAUGGGACAGUGUUUUUAUCACACUCUUAAGGAGAAGAAAGGCUUUGUAACAUUUUCUUUAAUU